CAAACCACCUCACCUUUGAUAAGCAAUGCGCUGCUUUCUCAGCAACACUCCUCUUUUUUGCAAACAGAAAAUAACACCCAAACGAGACAGUGGCUGCAAUGUGGGCUAUCCCGAAAUACCCAACAUCUCCGCUUUUUGGCGAACUUAUAUCCGGGGCUUUCUGAGGGGUGGGGUCGCCCGUGCAAGCUCGUAACACGCAGGAUUUCUAAGCAACACUGAGGGCACCAGCGAAUCUGGGUUCGGGUCAACUUGGGCCCAGUGGGCGAAGAGAUCUGUCCGUCUUAUUGCGAGGAUAUUACCUCAUUGCUCGUUUAGUCAGGGUUGGAUCUAACAAAAAGUCCAGGAGAAAUACGUGGAGUAUAUAUAACCACUAUCCGCCGAGGCAGCUUCAUCUCGACUCUUUACAAAAGUACAUGUCUGCUCGCAUAUCACAGCUAGGACGGCAAUUAUUCAACAACAUGGGUAUCCCUACUGAUAUUACGCUUUACACGGCCGCCACGCCCAAUGGUAUCAAGGCUUCCAUCCUGCUUGAGGAGCUGGGCCUGGAGUACAAGGUCCAUGCCAUCGACAUGACCGCCAAUGAGCAGAAGGAGGACUGGUUCCUCGAAAUCAACCCCAAUGGCCGCAUCCCCGCCCUCACGGACAAGUGGACCGACGGGUCGGAGAUUCGCAUCUUUGAGAGCGGUGCCAUUCUGCAGUACCUCGUGGACCGCUAUGACAAGGACCACAAGGUUUCGUACCCCAAGGACUCCAAGGAGACCUGGGAGGUGAACAGCUGGCUGCACUUCCAGAUGGGUGGCCUAGGUCCUAUGCAGGGACAGGCAAACCACUUUAACCGAUAUGCUCCUGAGAAGAUUCAGUAUGGUAUCAACCGCUACACCAACGAGACGCGCCGUCUCUACUCUGUCUUGAACAACCAGUUGGCCAAGUCCACCUCUGGCUACCUCGUCGGCGACCGCGUCACCAUUGCCGACAUUGCCUCCUGGGGAUGGGUUGCUUCUCACGCCUGGGCUGGCGUCUCGCUGGACGAGUUCCCUGCCCUGGACAAGUGGCUGCACACGCUUCUCGAGCGGCCCGGCUUCGAAAAGGGCCGACAUGUGCCCAAGCCGCACACUGCGUUUGAUUUGGCAAAGUUGAGUCCUGAGGAGAUGGACAAGAAGGCGGAGGAGACGAGAAACUGGGUGCAGAGCGGGAUGCAGGCCGAUGCGAAGAAAUGAGAUGUUUCUAUCUAAGAUACCAAAUGUGAGAUGAUGCAAUGAAAUUAGAAUUGAUGUUUUAUUUUUUGAGUCAUUGUUUUGAUGAUAUGGAGCGGUGUGGAGUGUUGGGGAUGAGAGUGAGGGUUUGCAUGAGGUCUG